GUCUAAUGUAGUGUAAUCUCCAUCACCUCCGCCCAUUUAAUUUUUCUUUUUUCCCAAAGCUUCCCAUAUUUGUUCAUAGUUCUAACUAUAAAUUUCCCAGAUUUCCCCAAUUCCUCAAUUUAAUUUUAUGUGUAAGAAAGUUAAUUUUUGUGGUAAUAAUGGUUGAAGGAGAUGUAUGAGGGUUCACAGAAGGAAGUGAGGAUUGAGGAUCGGAAGAGAGUAGGCAUAAGGGUAAUAUGGGAAAGUCAAAGACAAUUUCAACUUUUCUUAAAGUGCGUGCCGGGUCAAACCGGGAACUUCUUUUUUGGACGGAGGGAGUAAUAUUUAAAUUUCUAAAUUAAAUGCUUUUAAUUUAUUUGGAAAAUAUUGUAUAUGGAAGAGCCCGGGCCCGGAUGGCUAUAGUAGUGGAUUCUUCACAAACAAAUGGUCUAAUAUCUCCCGUCCGUUUCUCCUCUUCUCUACGUCAGUACCGUCCGUCGCCGUCAACCAGUAGCCGCGGCAACGCCGCCGAGCGCCGCCACAUCGCCGAGCGCUGCCACGUCGCCUGCCUCUCUUCCCCGUCGCGCGCAGUGGGUUGGGUCGAACCAGGGAGUUUCAGCGGCUAAUCCUCCUCCUUCAACUUGAAUUUCAAUUCCUUCGAUUUUGAGGGAUUUGGAUUAGGAGGGACAGCCUGGAGGACGUUGACGCGUGACGCCGUGGAUGAUGUCACCAUUUUUUUAUGGAUAUUUAAUUAUUGCGUUAAUUAAUUAUUUGGGUUAAACAUUUAUUGUAGAACAUUAUUUUGAGACUUCCGCACUUGAUAGACUUUACUCUGAACUUUUCGUAUCUAUUUUAGUGUUUUAAUAUUUUGAAUAAUUUGUCUAAAUUGUU